AUGAACCAGACAACCGACCCAUGCGUGGACUUCCACGAAUUCGCGUGUGGUCGCUACAGCAGGGAGACGGUGAUUCCCAAAGGAUACACCCAGGUGACGACCUUCACGUCCAUCAAUGACCAAAACCAACUGGUCAUGAAAGAUAUAAUUAGCAGUGAAAUAACAGCAGACGAGCCGAAAUACUUACAAAACAUGAAGCGAUUUUACAAGUCUUGUAUGGACGUUGCACAGAUUGAGAAAACGGGCCUAGCUGAGUAUUUCAAGGACCCCUACUCGAAAGACUGGCCAACCAUCAAACCAGAAGCCUGGGAUAAAGCGAAUUUUCACCUGAAUGACCUCAUUGCCCGUUACGUAGUCGUCAACACACAGGCGCUGUUCGGGAUUUCAGCAAGUCUGGACUACAAAAACUCAAGCAGAAAAGUUUUGUUCCUCCACGACCCUCAGCUUGGCCUAUCUCAGGAAUACUACAGUCUACCAAGGAAUGAUUCUCGUAUCCUUGCAUACCAGAAGUUUAUCAGAGAUAUCACUGUGGUUUUGGGAGCUAACGAAACAACGGCUGAAGAAGACGCCACUGAUAUUGUCGAUUUUGAAAUAGCACUGUCUAAGAUCAUGGUCUCCAAAGCUGAAAGACAAAAUUUAAAUAAAGUAUACAAUCCAGUGAACAUGAGCCAGUUGAUGUCUUUGUAUCCUGGGCUGGACAUACCUCGCACCAUAAGAGCCUUAUACGGUAUUGCAAACGUAACGAUUCCUGACGACGAAACGGUUAUCAACAUGUACCCAACAUACAUGGAGAAACUGCACGAAACCAUUUCUAACUUCUCGGGCCGCGUUGUACAGAAUUUGUUCAGCUUCAGAUACGCUUUGGGCAGAAUACAGGACCUUAGCAGUCGCAUGAGAGAGGUCAGGCUGGAUUAUGACAAGGUGACUAGAGGCAAGACAGAAGAAACUCCAAGAUGGCAAAGCUGCCUCAGUAGUACAUCGUCUGCUUUCUGGAAGGGGAUGUCCAAACAGUUUGUAACCAGGACGUUUUCAGAGACGGCCAAAAAUUAUGUGGAGGAAAUGAUUGACAACCUGAAGACAUCUUUUCACCAGAUCAUCGAAGAAAUCACUUGGAUGGCACCGCCUACCAAACAAGCAGCCUAUACGAAGCUCGCCGCCAUGACUUUCAAGAUUGGCUAUCCAGACGCAAACUUCACACAUCAAGAGAUUGAAACAAAGUAUGAACAAUACCAGAUGCAGGAAGACAACUACUACAGCAAUUGGAACCUCAUCCUGACACUGUCCAGAAUCGAUUCCAUAACCUCCUUCAGAAAACCCGUGGAUAAGAAUGAGUGGAGAAUGCCCCCUCAUGACGUCAAUGCCUACUACUCUGUGUCGGAAAAUGAAAUAGCCUUCCUUGCGGGAAUACUGCAGCCUCCGGUUUUCUCACAAGCAUUUCCCGAUUAUAUCAAUUAUGGCGCUAUUGGCAUGGUCAUUGGCCAUGAGAUUACCCACGGCUUUGACAGUCAAGGAAGUCAGUUUGACAGCAAUGGUAACUUGGUCAACUGGUGGCAGCCGUCAGAUCUUGAGGUCUUCCAACAGAAAGCUCAGUGUAUUCGCGAUCAGUGCUCCAGCUUUCGUAUGGACGAGAUCAACAUGACCCUUAACGGAGUAAACAUUCACAGAGAAAGCAUAGCGGACAACGGUGGACUCAAGGAAAGCUUCGGAGCCUACAAGAAACUUGUCGCCAAGAAGGGAGAAAACCCAAAACUACCAGUGUUAGGACUUACCCAGGACCAGUUAUUUUUCCUUGCCUUUGGACAGUUUUGGUGUGAGAAGACAACAAAGGAAAGUCUGAUCAACAUAGUGACUUCAGGGACACAUCCACCAGGAAAAUUCAGAAUUAUUGGCUCUCUACAAAAUUCUGAAGACUUUGCCAAAGCCUACAAGUGUCCAAGAGGAUCCUACAUGAAUCCAGAGAAAAAGUGUGCCGUGUGGUAA